CCAGGGCCGCCGCGGUUCCCCAAGCGCAUCACCAUUAGAUUAGCGAGGAGGAGUAACCGCUUUGUUGAACCACUCGAAAAGCGCAUCCUUUUACCACCAACCUUUGCCUUUGACCCGUCCCACCCUCCCGCACCCUUUGUCUCCUCUGCACUUCGCCUCGCCGCCUGAAUCCCCCCACAAGCACCCCCACACCAAUCACUGGAGGCGGAGGGAGGGAGGGCUCUCACUCACUCUCGGUCCCAGUAGCCGCCCGCAAUGCAGCUCUGGUCCGCGUCGCGCCGUCGCCAUGGCUCAGUCAUGUGAGUCUCCUACAGGCACAGGAGGCGCCAUCUCUCACCUCUCCGCAGUCAGCAUCGGCAGUGCCAUGGCCGCUCCUCGGUCCUACUAGCAAAGGUACCUCUCCAUCCUCCUCCAGUCCUCCACCGCUCGCCGGCUGACUGGUCGAAUGACCGCCGGCUGACUGACUGACUGAUUGAUUCGGGUGUCAUUUUCCCCAGGUGGGGAUGACCAUUCCUGAUCUGUUGCUUGCUUUAAUGCCUCCCUCCCCAUCACUUUCCAGAUCCAGCCCACCUCUUCCCUUCCUCCUCCUCCUCCUCCUCCUCCUCCCCCGCGUCUUUAUAAAUCUCCCGCUGCCGCAUUCACUGGCCACCGGAGUUAGUGCCCCCAUGUCCUGACGCGGACGCGCGGGGAGCACACCACAUGCCGACGUGCUGUGCUGUUGCCUCAUAUGAUUUCGGUGUGCUCCAUCAUACCUGCCUCUCUUCUUUUUUUUUUCCCGGUGGGGAGAAAAGCGGGGGCAGCGAGUUGUGCGCCUUGUGAGCUUGCAGCUGUUCCAGGUUGCAAUGCCUGUGCUGCUCGUGCUUUAGUCUAGGCUGCCCCCUUUUUCUUCCCGUUCGCUUUGGGAACAUAAAAGAUUUUUUCUCCCUUUCUUUGCUAAUCUCUCUGGCGCUGGCCCACUUCGCCCCCCUAUUUUUGUGGGGAAUGCCGGGGUGGGGGCUUGUGAUUUUUGAGCCCUCGUUCUAGUGCUUGGCCUUUUGGGGAGUGUUGAUGCGGCGUUAUGGGGCGAUGGAUCUGUUGUGAAACGCGAGCUCGUAGCACUAGCACUAGCUUGUCCGGGACCGGGAGCCUGCGAGAACCUUUUGUAGUUCUAUUGCUAACGUGGCCAAUUGAUCUUUCAGAUCAGGAGCUGGGGAUUGCCCUGCCACUCUGCUGAAAGUUUUGGAGAAGUUGUGGUGUUUCCCUGCCUAUUAGAGUCUGCGCUUCUGUGUUCCUGAUCAACUGCUACUACGCGAUUGUUGUCUUCUCAAUCUGUCUGGCCAAGCAUGGCUGGCCAGACGUCAAAGGCAAAGGAAGCAGGAAAAGAUGACAGAGAAGAACCCGGAGCUGAGGCGGCGAAAGAGAAGUUAGUGCCGUCUCACCAGCAGCAAGAGUCUCCAGCUUCUGUGGUGGACAAGGAUUCUUCAGGUGUGUCUUCAGUUCCUGGUGAUGAGUCACCGGUCCUAGAAGGGGAUUCUGUUGAGUUGAAAGUGGAGGAAAACUUGGAUGGUAAUGGGAAUAAGGAAAAUAAAACGUCCCAGAAGAGCAGUACAAGUGAUGGCUUUGCUUCUGCUAAAGUGAGUGAUGGGACAAGUAGUUUGAGGAAGACCAGUGGUAGUGUGGCCAUGAGUACUCGGGCUGAUUUCACUGAGAGUGGGAAGAGCAGCAUGUGCCGUGCGAGCACCGCCAGUGACAUUAGCGAUGAGAGCUCCUGCAGCAGCAUGAGCAGUGCCACCACGAAGCCACACAAGGGGAAUGAUUCAAGGUGGGAGGCUAUCCAUGUGGUGAAGUCCAGGGAUAAAGUUCUUGGACUGAAUCAUUUCAGGCUGCUUAAGAAGUUGGGCUCUGGUGAUAUAGGAAGUGUGUACCUAUCUGAAUUGAGUGGUACACGGAGUUACUUUGCCAUGAAGGUUAUGGAUAAGACUUCUUUGGCAAGUCGGAAGAAGCUGCUUCGAGCUCAGACCGAGCGGGAGAUCCUGCAGUCCCUGGACCAUCCAUUUCUACCAACCCUGUAUACUCACUUUGAGACAGAUAAGUUUUCAUGCUUGGUUAUGGAAUUCUGCCCUGGAGGGGACCUUCACACUCUUCGCCAAAGGCAGCCUGGAAAAUAUUUUUCAGAGCAAGCAGCAAAGUUCUACGUAGCUGAGGUGCUCCUUGCAUUGGAAUACCUGCAUAUGCUUGGGAUUAUAUACCGUGAUCUCAAACCAGAAAAUGUCCUCGUUCGGGAAGAUGGCCACAUCAUGCUGUCGGACUUCGAUCUAUCUCUUCGCUGUUCAGUGAGCCUAACGGUGAUCAAGUCCGCAAAUCCUGGCCUAGAUGCAUUGCAGAGGAACAAUGCAGCGUACUGUGCCCAGCCUGCUUGCAUCGAACCAUCCUGCAUUCAGCCCUCCUGUGUAGCUCCAACCACUUGCUUUGGCCCCCGGUUCUUCUCCAAAUCCAAGUCCAAGUCUAAGUCCAAGCCCAAGAAGGAGAAGUCGAAGCCUGAUGGUCCAAACCAAGAGAACCUCUUCCCGGAGCUGAUUGCUGAGCCAACUGAUGCUCGCUCGAUGUCCUUUGUUGGCACUCAUGAGUACUUGGCCCCAGAAAUAAUAAAAGGGGAGGGCCAUGGAAGUGCUGUGGAUUGGUGGACCUUUGGCAUAUUCUUGUACGAGCUGUUGUUCGGCAAGACCCCUUUCAAAGGUUCCGGCAACCGGGCUACACUCUUCAACGUCGUGGGCCAGCCCUUGAGGUUCCCGGAGUCCCCGAUAGUGAGCUUCUCUGCGAGGGACAUGAUAAGGGGAUUGCUCGUCAAGGACCCGCAGCACCGGCUCGGGUACAAGCGUGGUGCUACCGAGAUAAAGCAGCACCCUUUCUUCGAGGGCGUGAACUGGGCUCUCAUAAGGUGCGCGAGCCCUCCGGACAUACCAAAGCCCCUCGAGCUCGAGUGUCGCCCAAAGCAAGUGCCAUCAGCAAACGGAAAGGUCGCGCCGGUCGCUAACCAAAAGGGCCCAGAUAAUUAUCUAGAGUUCGAAUUCUUCUAGUUUUUUGUUUUGUUUUUGUUUUUGUGAUUUCUGAACUGCAAGAGUGCGUCUGGGCUGAUGCUGUGAAAGAAAGUGAAAGAUGAUAACCUACUCUAGGCAUGCGCUUCGCUGGAUUUUUUUCUUCUUCUGCCAUUAGACUGUACUACGCUCGUUUCAGGAUAUCCGAGUUAUUUUUUUUUCUCUGUUGAACUGCUUAACUCUAAGGUGUACUCAAUCCAUCAUGUAUGUUGCAAUUUUCAGAACCUGCCUAUGGUACUUGAAAUGUAUUUCAGGGCUGUGUUAUUGCUAUUGUAACUUUGUAAUUGAUGCCUCCUCUUAGAACA